UCAGAAGUAGAAGCCGGAAGCCUCCUGAGCGUUCGAACGCUGCUCUCUCUGCUAGUCCCGAGGAAUGAUCAUGGCGGCCAAGUCCGACUCCUCGUCCACGGCGCCGAACCCCAAGAGCUCCGUCGCCGAGCACACGCUGCAGUCGGCGACGGUCGACGAACCUGCGUCCCGGUACCUUUGCGGCAAAGGGACCAUCCACUUCUGGAAGAACUUCAUGUUCGAGGCAGAAGGCCGCCCUUACAUCCGGGUGACGCACGACAUCAGCAUCGAAGAGGUGCUGACCAUCUUCACCCGCGAGUGGAAGUUCACGCUUCCCCGCAUCGUGCUCGUGGUCAUCUCGAGCCUGGCCACUUGGCAGGAGUGGAGCGCCCCGAGGCAGCUAGAGAACCUCAAGGAGGGACUCAUCAAGGCGGCCAACACGACCGCCAUGUGGAUCCUGACGAACGGCAUCAACACGGGCAUCGCCAAGGACAUCGGCUCGUGGGUGAACGAGGAGCUGGUGCAGCGGCUCAUCAUGCGCUGCCACCGGCACCCGCACACCGACUUCGAGAAGCUGCCGCCCCUUUGCCUGCUGGGCAUCGUGCGCCAGGACCUUCUCACCUGCGCCGACAAAUUCGAGGCCAGCAAGGAGGGAUCUAUAUACAUCGAAAACUCGGGAAGCCGUCCCGAGGAGAAUAGAUUCGACCUGAAUCCGGACCACACGCACUUCAUCAUAGUGAAGGACGACACGGUGAACAAGACCGGCUUGAACUACUUCAUGCUGAAGCUCGAGCAGCAGUUGUCGAUGACGCCAGACGAAGAUUGUGUGGUGAUGCCCCCGAGCAUGAGCACUGGGGGUCCUCCCCCGCCUCCCCCGUCGACGCUGUACUCGGCCGAGAUCCCCCUGAUAGCGCUCGUAUGCCAGGGUGGAACCGGCUGCAACAAGAUGGUCCUCGAGCACCUCAAGAAGCAGCUGCCCGUGCUGAUCAUACAGGGCAGCGGGGGAGUAGCCGACCUGCUAGCCCUCGCCUACAACGAGAUUGACAGGCGCGGGGCUACCCUUUGGGACCCUGAGUUCAUCGAGACCGUGUUAAAGCCCGAAAUAAGCUCGCGGAUUUGCCAGAUGUUCCCCAAGUUCAGAGACAACGCGCUCUCGAGGAACGUCUUCAAGGACAGAAUCAUCGAGUGCCUGCGUCUGGCGUGCCAGACUCAAGAACAAAUGUAUUUUACUGUGAUCAAUAUUCACCACCACCGUAACAACCUGAAGCAUCUCGACGACAUCCUGCUCAAAGCCGUGUUCAAGUCCCAAGUACGGCACCAUCAUGCUCAUCAAAUGAAGAAAGACUUGCUGCUGACAUUGGACUGGAACUGCCCGCACGUCGCCAUGACUAAGGUCUUCUCCAAGGACUUCGCUCAGCAGUACCAGCGGAUGCCUGCUGAGGGCGUUCAAGUUCAGCAGUUGCCCUCGGAGAGUGGACUGAAGCUUGUAACGAUAGCCUCAGAGAUCAAGUGCCAGCGCGGAAUGCGAGCUGCAGCCACGGAGGGUGGCGGGCGGUCAGGCCUUAGCAAUCCCAGAAUGCACCACGUGAACCUAGACGAAUUCUACCACGAUUGCUCAAAAUGUGGCCAAAUAGACACGAUGGAACACAUCUUCUGGGACGGCCCCACAGACCCACCAGCCGAAGAACUCCAGAAGCUCGUAGGCUCGCAAAAGUGGGAGACCUUGCCGGCCAGCUCAGCUCCGGAAGUACAAAUCCGGGUCACAGCACCAGCCCAAGACGUCGUCUUCAGCACCGACUGA